AUGCAACCACUCGUGCUUCCUCCACCGAGCCUCACUACUGCUCAGUUUGGACAAUCCCGGUUCAACUCGGGCCCAGACGGGUUUCCGUUGAAUCGACCUUGGUCGACCAAUGCUCGAGGGUGCAGCCCACGGGCUCCUCUCCCUCGUCAAUCUAUGUCUGGCUCGCCUCUCGAAGAGCCCGCGGUGACAUCCGAGGAGUCUCGGCCUCGAUACCCACAGACUUCUCUACCUGCAGUGACAACAGCUGGGGAAGCCCUCUUUACUACGUCUCAGCUACCUACAGCGAUUCAAGAUCCUUUGCCGGCACCGAUCCGGUCACGGUAUGGAGACCCGCCGCCUGUCUUUGCUGGCUCUCCACAACUUCCACCAGGAGCACUGGCACCUCAGUACCCAUUACCAGGCUUGGAAACGUCCCUCCCUGGACAGCCAAGCCGCUCACUAGCACCAAAGUCCACCCGACGGACAAAGGCUCAUGUAGCAUCAGCGUGUGUGAACUGUAAAAAGAAGCAUCUUGGAUGUGAUCCAGCACGCCCAUGUCGAAGAUGUGUUCUUGCGGGCAAGGCUGCUUCUUGUGUGGAUGUCACGCAUAAGAAACGAGGACGACCCCCGCUGAAAGCAGAAGACUCGUCAAUUCGACCAUAUACGACGCACACAGACCAUCCAACAGUUCUGGCCGAGUCGCAGUCAUCAAUGACAGCUCAUCGGACUACCUUGCAUCGGCCAACAUCAUCCCGUGAACUUCGACCGAUGACCGAUCUACACGCCAUGGGCUCUCCCGGCGCCACAGCCGGGAUGAGAGCACCACGCGCUCAACAGCAGCGCUGGUCAGCAUCGGUAUUUCCACUAACUCGACCGAUGGAUCCGGCUUCUGCAAUACAGAGCCCUGGAGUUCGGCGACCAUUCUCUUCAUCUGGUGCGCCGUCGGAUGCAUUAUUGGCACACCCACCGCCUGCCUUCGUUCCCAUGACCAGUGGAUUCAACCCGGUGAUUCAAGCAGGACCUAUGCCUCCUGGGAUGGACAGACGGUUUCCUGCUUAUGCUGGUCCAGCGUUGCCCCCACCAACUUCUCCUCCACAGCAUCACCACCCUACAGGAGUUCCCUUCGCCCCAUACGCUGAGUCUCCCAGUGGCUCUCUUCACCCUACGAUAGCAGACCCCCGAUUACCACCUGGACCUCGUGAGCCAUACCUAGAAUCUCCCGUGCGACUUCCUCCCAUCCAUCAGGCCACAGCAAGUCCUGGUCCUCCGCCCCCAGGUCCACCACCAGGAGUGCCUCACCAUGCACACAGACUCAGCGAUCCCUAUCCUGGGAUCUGGACUACUGGACGAGAAGAGAACCGCAGAGACCCCCGUGCCUCACUCUCAUCGCAGAGGCCCAUAAACUCCAUGUUCGCUCACUCACCCAGUCACCAACGCUCGUCCUCAUCCACGGCGGGGGCCCGCGACCCGAUUCCACGACACCUCGGUCCGAUCGACCUCUCAAGCCCUUUGCAACUAGGCCAUUCUCCACCCAUUGGAGCUCUUACCGCUCCAUCCACCACAGAAUCCGACCCUGAGCCUGAACCCCGACCAGUCAAACGCCGCAAAAUGGCUUUAGAUGACAUGGUCAACGGCUAA